CGUUAAUUCAUUCUUAAUUUCCUUUCUACCUAUUGAUUGCACGCGUCUAGCUACUUAGUUGUCUCACUUGUGACAACUUUAAUUUGAGUACAACUCGUCAUGCAUGCAUGUUGAUGUGAUGCUGUUUGACCUGAGCCUGCAAGGCGAGUAUGUGAACAAGAUCACUGGCACUACUGCCGGCGACAACCGCGUGACCUCGCUCAAGUUCACCACCAACCAGGAGCGUGACUACGGCCCGUUCGGGAGCGAUAGGGGCAAUGCCUUUAGCGUGCCGCUGCCAGACGGCGAGCUCAACGGCGCCGUGGUCGGCUUCUUCGGCCGCUCCGGGAAGAGCCACGUUGACCUCGGCGUCUACGUCGGCCUCGCGCCCAACGAGCCAUGAAUCAAUCACUUGUAAACGUAUAUAUCGAGCUAGCAGCUAGUUACGUACUCUACCCAUCCAGAAUGCAGACCUCUACUCGAUCUGGAUGCUACGUUAAACGCCAGCGAGCUAGCUAGCUGGCUAUACAUAUGUGUCAUAUGUGUGUAAUGAAUAAGCACGAUGGGAUCAAAUACUGUCAAGGGAUUAUAUAUAUGCAUGUAAGUGUGCAAUAUUAUUAAUAUAAAUAAUGCUGUAAUGCUCAUGGUUUGCAAUAAAAAUACCACCCGUUUGGCUAA